AUGUGGACCCCCACAGAGGAAGAGAAAUACGGCGUAGUGAUAUGCAGCUUUCGAGGAUCUGUUCCCCAAGGCUUGGUCUUAGAAAUAGGAGAAACAGUCCAGAUUCUUGAAAAGUGUGAGGGUUGGUAUAGGGGAGUUUCAACAAAGAAGCCAAAUGUAAAGGGGAUCUUUCCUGCAAAUUACAUUCAUUUGAAAAAAGCAAUUGUCAGUAAUAGGGGGCAGUAUGAAACUGUGGUUCCACUUGAAGAUUCUAUUGUGACUGAGGUUACAGCAACUCUGCAAGAAUGGGCCAGUUUGUGGAAACAACUCUAUGUGAAACAUAAAGUAGAUCUUUUCUACAAGCUGCGCCAUGUGAUGAAUGAACUUAUUGACCUUCGAAGGCAGCUCCUGUCUGGUCACCUGACUCAGGAUCAGGUGCGGGAGGUUAAGCGGCACAUCACCGUGCGCCUGGACUGGGGCAAUGAGCACUUGGGCCUGGAUCUGGUACCCCGAAAGGACUUUGAAGUAGUGGAUUCAGACCAGAUCAGUGUCUCAGACCUCUAUAAAAUGCAUUUAUCUAGCCGGCAGAGUGUACAGCAAAGCACAUCUCAGGUGGAUACAGUGCGCCCACGUCAUGGGGAAAGCUGUCGGAUACCAGUACCACAUCACUUCUUCCUCAGUCUGAAGAGUCUCACCUACAACACCAUUGGGGAAGAUACUGAUGUCUUCUUUUCCUUAUAUGAUAUGAGAGAAGGCAAGCAGAUCAGUGAGCGGUUUCUGGUGAGACUGAACAAGAAUGGUGGGCCAAGGAACCCAGAGAAGAUAGAACGAAUGUGUGCCCUUUUUACAGAUCUGAGCAGCAAGGAUAUGAAGAGAGAUUUAUAUAUAGUUGCCCAUGUGAUACGAAUAGGCCGGAUGCUCCUGAACGACUCCAAGAAGGGCCCCGCUCACCUGCACUACCGGCGACCAUACGGCUGUGCGGUCCUCAGCGUCCUGGAUGUCCUGCAGUCACUCACAGAGUUAAAGGAAGAAAAGGAUUUUGUUCUUAAGGUUUACACAUGCAACAAUGAGAGUGAGUGGUCCCAGAUCCAUGAGAAUAUCAUCCGCAAGUCCAGCGCCAAGUACUCUGCCCCCAGUGCCAGUCAUGGUCUUAUCAUCUCUCUGCAACUUCUUCGUGGAGACAUGGAACAGAUUAGGAGAGAAAAUCCCAUGAUAUUUAAUAGGGGAUUGGCAAUUACAAGAAAAUUGGGAUUUCCUGAUGUCAUCAUGCCAGGUGAUAUCCGCAAUGACCUGUACCUCACCCUGGAGAAGGGGGAUUUUGAGAGAGGGGGAAAGAGCGUACAAAAGAAUAUUGAAGUGACCAUGUAUGUGCUUUACGCAGAUGGUGAAAUCUUGAAGGACUGCAUCAGCUUGGGUUCAGGAGAGCCCAACAGGAGUUCCUACCACUCCUUCGUCCUCUACCACAGCAACAGUCCUCGCUGGGGAGAGAUUAUCAAAUUGCCCAUCCCCAUCGACCGGUUCCGGGGCUCCCACCUGCGCUUCGAGUUCAGACACUGUUCCACAAAAGACAAAGGGGAAAAGAAGCUCUUCGGCUUUGCAUUCUCACCCCUGAUGCGGGACGAUGGCACCACCCUCUCCGAUGACAUCCAUGAGCUCUACGUGUACAAGUGUGAUGAGAAUAGCACGUUUAACAACCACGCUCUUUACCUGGGCCUGCCCUGCUGCAAAGAGGACUACAAUGGCUGCCCUAACAUCCCCUCCAGCCUCAUCUUCCAGCGCAGCACCAAAGAAUCUUUCUUCAUUUCCACACAGCUCUCCUCCACUAAGCUCACCCAGAACGUGGACCUCCUUGCUCUGCUGAAAUGGAAGGCCUUUCCAGACCGGAUCAUGGACAUCCUUGGGCGGCUGCGGCAUGUUAGUGGGGAGGAAAUUGUUAAGUUUCUGCAGGACAUCUUAGAUACACUGUUUGUGAUUUUGGAUGAUAACACAGAGAAAUAUGGCCUGCUGGUAUUUCAGUCUUUGGUAUUCAUCAUCAACCUGCUCCGAGACAUCAAAUAUUUCCACUUCCGACCUGUAAUGGAUACAUACAUCCAGAAGCACUUUGCUGGAGCCCUGGCAUACAAGGAGCUAAUCCGCUGUUUGAAGUGGUACAUGGACUGCUCAGCAGAACUGAUUCGGCAGGACCACAUUCAGGAAGCCAUGCGGGCGUUGGAGUACCUUUUCAAGUUUAUCGUGCAGUCAAGGAUCUUGUACUCACGUGCCACCUGUGGAAUGGAAGAGGAACAGUUCCGGUCCAGCAUCCAAGAGCUUUUCCAGUCCAUCCGGUUUGUGCUCAGUCUGGACAGCAGAAAUUCAGAAACACUGCUUUUCACUCAGGCUGCACUCCUCAACUCCUUCCCAACCAUCUUUGAUGAGCUCCUGCAGAUGUUCACUGUGCAGGAGGUGGCCGAGUUUGUGAGAGGGACUCUGGGGAGCAUGCCCAGCACUGUACACAUUGGGCAGUCAAUGGAUGUGGUGAAGCUGCAGUCCAUCGCCAGAACUGUGGAUAGCCGCCUAUUUUCUUUCUCAGAAUCCCGCCGCAUCCUGCUUCCAGUGGUUCUCCAUCAUAUCCACCUUCACCUGAGGCAGCAGAAGGAGCUGCUCAUCUGCUCAGGGAUUCUCGGCAGCAUCUUCUCCAUCGUCAAGACCAGCUCUCUGGAGGCAGAUGUCAUGGAGGAGGUAGAAAUGAUGGUGGAAAGCCUCUUGGAUGUGCUCUUACAGACUCUGCUCACCAUCAUGAGCAAAUCCCACGCUCAGGAGGCGGUAAGAGGGCAGCGGUGCCCGCAGUGCACAGCGGAGAUCACUGGCGAGUAUGUGUCCUGCCUUCUCUCACUGCUCCGCCAGAUGUGUGAUACACAUUACCAGCACCUCCUGGACAACUUCCAGAGCAAAGAUGAGCUCAAGGAAUUCCUGCUGAAGAUUUUCUGCGUGUUCCGGAACCUGAUGAAGAUGAGUGUCUUUCCUCGGGACUGGAUGGUGAUGAGACUUCUUACAAGCAAUAUUAUAGUCACUACUGUCCAGUACCUGUCUUCUGCGCUGCACAAGAAUUUCACAGAGACAGACUUCGACUUUAAGGUGUGGAAUUCUUAUUUUAGCCUGGCAGUUCUGUUCAUAAAUCAGCCAAGCCUUCAGCUAGAAAUCAUUACUUCCACCAAGAGGAAGAAGAUUCUGGAUAAGUAUGGGGACAUGCGUGUGAUGAUGGCUUAUGAACUCUUCAGCAUGUGGCAGAAUUUGGGUGAACAUAAGAUCCACUUCAUUCCGGGAAUGAUCGGCCCAUUCCUGGGUGUGACACUGGUCCCACAGCCUGAAGUGCGGAAUAUCAUGAUUCCCAUCUUUCAUGACAUGAUGGACUGGGAGCAGAGGAAAAACGGCAACUUCAAACAGGUGGAGGCCGAGCUGAUUGACAAGCUGGACAGCAUGGUAUCAGAAGGGAAAGGCGAUGAGAGCUACAGGGAGCUCUUCGGCCUGCUAACCCAGCUGUUUGGGCCCUACCCCAGCCUGCUGGAGAAGGUUGAACAGGAAACAUGGCGUGAGACCGGCAUUUCCUUUGUAACCUCAGUCACCCGCCUCAUGGAACGCCUCCUUGACUACAGGGAUUGCAUGAAAGGAGAGGAGACAGAGAAUAAGAAGAUUGGCUGCACUGUUAACCUGAUGAACUUCUACAAAUCGGAGAUUAAUAAAGAGGAGAUGUAUAUCCGCUAUAUCCAUAAGCUCUGUGACAUGCAUUUGCAGGCGGAAAACUACACAGAAGCUGCGUUCACUCUGCUCCUCUACUGUGAGCUGCUGCAGUGGGAGGAGCGGCCCCUGCGGGAGUUCCUCCACUACCCAUCCCAGACGGAGUGGCAGCGGAAAGAGGGACUGUGCCGCAAGAUCAUCCACUACUUCAACAAAGGCAAGAGUUGGGAGUUCGGGAUCCCACUGUGCAGGGAACUGGCGUGUCAGUAUGAGAGCCUCUACGACUAUCAGAGCCUCAGCUGGAUUCGGAAAAUGGAGGCCAGCUACUACGACAACAUCAUGGAGCAGCAGCGCCUGGAGCCCGAGUUCUUCCGGGUCGGAUUCUAUGGCCGGAAGUUUCCUUUCUUCCUUCGGAACAAAGAGUAUGUGUGCCGGGGCCACGACUACGAGAGGCUGGAGGCCUUCCAGCAGAGGAUGCUCAGCGAGUUCCCGCAGGCCGUUGCCAUGCAGCACCCCAACCACCCUGAUGACGCCAUCCUGCAGUGUGACGCCCAGUACCUACAGAUCUAUGCAGUGACGCCCAUCCCAGAGUAUGUGGACGUCCUGCAGAUGGACAGGGUCCCAGACCGUGUCAAGAGCUUCUACCGUGUCAACAACGUCAGGAGGUUCCGGUAUGACCGGCCUUUCCACAAAGGCCCCAAGGACAAGGAGAAUGAAUUCAAGAGCCUGUGGAUCGAGCGCACCACGCUGACCCUGACCCACAGCUUGCCGGGCAUCUCUCGGUGGUUUGAAGUGGAGAGGAGGGAGCUGGUGGAGGUGAGCCCCCUGGAGAAUGCCAUCCAAGUGGUUGAGAACAAGAACCAGGAGCUGCGGGCCUUGAUCAGCCAGUAUCAGCACAAGCAAGUGCACGGCAACAUCAACCUGCUAAGCAUGUGCCUGAACGGCGUCAUUGAUGCUGCCGUCAACGGAGGCAUUGCACGCUACCAGGAGGCCUUCUUUGAUAAAGAUUACAUCACCAAGCACCCAGGAGAUGCUGAGAAGAUAACUCAGCUCAAGGAGCUCAUGCAGGAGCAGGUCCAUGUCCUUGGAGUUGGGCUGGCAGUUCAUGAGAAAUUUGUGCACCCAGAAAUGCGCCCUCUGCAUAAGAAGCUGAUUGAUCAGUUCCAGAUGAUGCGGGCCAGUCUCUACCAUGAGUUUCCGGGUUUGGACAAGCUAAGUCCUGCAUGUUCGGGCACCAGCACCCCACGGGGAAAUGUCCUAGCAUCCCAUAGCCCCAUGAGCCCAGAGAACAUCAAGAUGACCCAUCGGCACAGCCCCAUGAACUUGAUGGGCACUGGCCGCCAUUCAUCGUCCUCCCUCUCCUCACAUGCAUCUAGCGAAGCUGGGAACGUGGUGAUGCUGGGCGACAGCUCCAUGGGCGAGGCUCCUGAAGACCUGUACCACCACAUGCAGCUCGCGUAUCCCAACCCCAGGUACCAGGGCUCAGUCACCAACGUCUCUGUUCUGUCCUCGUCCCAGGCAAGCCCUUCUUCCUCCAGCCUGAGUUCCACCCACUCAGCACCAUCCCAGAUGAUUACCUCUGCCCCUUCCAGUGCCCGAGGCUCUCCCUCUCUGCCAGAUAAGUACCGCCAUGCCCGGGAAAUGAUGCUGCUGCUGCCCACGCCCCGGGACCGCCCGAGCAGCGCCAUGUAUCCAGCAGCCAUCCUGGAGAACGGACAGCUGCCAAACUUCCAGCGGGCCCUGUUCCAGCAAGUGGUUGGAGCCUGCAAACCCUGCAGUGAUCCCAAUCUGUCUGUGGCCGAAAAAGCGGUGCCAGCAGCCCCCAGCAGCUGGAGCCUGGAUAGCGGAGCCCGAGAGGCCCAGCCCUUCCUGUCUGCCCACACGGGGUGCAUCCUGGCCCCCCCAGUGCCUCCCCGAAGCCUGCUGCAUGGUCAUUACUCCCUACACUUCGACGCCUUCCACCACCCCUUGGGUGACACCCCCCCAGCACUCCCCGCCCGGACCUUGCGCAAGUCGCCCCUGCACCCCAUCCCAGCCUCCCCAACCAGCCCCCAGUCGGGCCUGGAUGGCAGCAACUCCACGCUGUCUGGCAGUGCCAGUAGCGGCGUGUCUUCCCUGAGCGAGAGUAACUUUGGGCACUCCUCGGAGGCCCCUCCUCGAACCGACACCAUGGACUCCAUGCCGAGCCAGGCCUGGAACGCCGACGAAGAUCUUGAGCCACCCUACCUCCCCGUCCACUACAGCCUCUCCGAGUCCGCCGUCCUGGACUCCAUCAAGGCCCAGCCGUGCCGAAGCCACUCGGCCCCGGGAUGUGUCAUCCCUCAGGACCCCAUGGACCCACCUGCGCUGCCACCCAAGCCCUACCACCCCCGCCUGCCAGCCCUGGAGCAUGACGAGGGUGUGCUGCUGCGAGAGGAGGCGGAGAGGCCUCGGGCCCUGCAUCGCAAGGCCUCGCUGCCUCCCGGGAGCACCAAGGAAGAGCAGGCACGCAUGGCCUGGGAGCACAGCCGAGGGGAACAGUGA